AUGAGUAUUCAAGCGACGAUAAAUUUCCCGAGUGUUAAAAAAUUGACGUUCUACGGUGGAAAAAACGAGGAGAAACAAGACUUCACCAAUGCGACUGUGAGGAACACGCCGUCGAGUGUGAGAUACGUCUCGAAAGUCAAAAAAAUAAUGACCAUCAGCAGCAGUGAGUCUGAUGGAGACUCGGAUUGUUCUGACUCGGAGAAUUCUAAGAAACGCACUCGGGGAAAGGAUGUGAUCUCGCCACCUAAGCAAAGAAAACCAGAAUCACCAAAGACACCUUCAACUUUACUGAAUAAAUUAAUUCUAACAUCGCCAACAAGCAAGAGAGAUCAUCUGACACCAAAGAAGCUGUUCGCGGAAAAAUAUCAAAGCGCUAGAAAAGCGUUACACAGUUCAGUGCCCGAGAAUCUUCCGGGUCGUGAAUCUCAGCUUUUGGAGUUGAGAAAUUUCAUCAAACAUCAUCUAGAAAAUGAGACCUCUGGCUCUUUGUAUAUAUCAGGCCCUCCAGGAACUGGCAAGACAGCCAGUCUGUCAAAAAUAAUGCUGGAGCCAGAAUUCAAAUCGGCCUUCAAAAUUAUCUACGUAAAUUGCACGACUAUGAAGUCAGCAGGCACAAUCUACACGAAAAUCCUCCAGGAGCUUAAAGUACCAGCACCGAAAUCUGAGAAAGCUGGAAAAGCAGCCAUAGAAAAGUACUUAAGGUCGUCUCACAAAACGGUCCUUUUAGUUCUUGAUGAAAUCGAUCAGCUGGAGAGCAAACGUCAGUCUGUUUUGUAUUCAGUGUUCGAGUGGCCGUCUAUCGCAAACUCAAAUUUGCUGCUCGUCGGCAUUGCAAAUGCUCUGGAUCUCACUGAUCGGAUUUUACCCCGGCUUAACGCUCGCUGCGAAUUGAAGCCCAAAUUGAUGCAUUUCGCUCCUUACACCAAGGAACAAAUCGUCAACAUAAUUGCCGAGAGGUUGAGGGAAGCCAAUGUAGCGGAUGUUUUUACGGGGGUCGCAAUGCAAAUGCUUGCUGCUAAAGUUGCUGCUAUCUCUGGGGACGUUAGGAGGGCUUUGGACAUCAGCAGGCGCGUUGUUGAACUUGCUGAAAGCAAUAAUGGUGGGAGUCCAAAGAAGCAGAAUGUUGAAGAAAAACCAGUUGAUUUAAAAGAUGUAAUUGCUGUUUUGAAUGGCGUGUAUGGUGGUUCACAAAAUAUCCAACAAGAAGAUGAAGAAGAUACGUUUCCUUUGCAACAAAAAUUAUUAUUGUGCUCGUUGAUGCUUAUACUUAACAAAGGACGUAAUAAAGAUGUUACUAUUAGUAAGUUGCAUGAAGUAUACAAAAAAGUAUGCAAAAAACGUAACAUCCACACAGUAGACAUAUCCGAAUUCGUAGGAGUAUGUUCAUUGAUAGAAACUCGAGGAAUUCUGCGUUUGGUGGGUAAAAAAGAGCCUCGACUAUCAAAAGUAAGCCUCCAGUGGGACCAAAAUGAGCUGGAAGUCGCAUUGCAGGACAAAAAAAUGAUGGCUGAAAUAAUUAACGACACAACGUGCCUUUAA